AUGGGGAUCUCCCACCCGCUGUCCGACGACUUCGACGCUUCUCCCGUGCUCUCGCCGCCGCCGCCGCCGUCCUCAUGCUGCCCCCCCGCCCACGACGACCACUACCUUGAGCAUCAGGUUUCCAGGAUGGACACGCUCCCCGGCCUCGCCAUCAAGUACGGCGUCGAGAUAUCUGACAUCAAGAGGGCAAACAGUUUGAUGACUGACAGCCAGAUGUUCGCACACAAAAUGUUGCUCAUACCUCUACCAGGAAGACCCAUGCCAUCCUCUGUAAGGCUCAAUGGUUCUGGUCAGAAAAUGAAGAGAGCGUGGGCUCCAAACAAUCAGCAAAACAGAGAUGUUACGGAUUCGCUAGACUCAUCCAACUACAAUUCUUCUAAGCAGCAAAUGUCACUCGCCAUGAGCACCUUGCAGUCCUAUUAUGGUCUAACUCCUCAAAAUGGGGCUAUGACAGAUGCUGGCACUGAGAUGUCCUUGUACAGUAAGGGCAGUUUGGAGCGUAUCAACAGUGAAACAUUGGUCACUUCAUCUAGAUUACCAGACACACAUAAUACCGACAGAAGUAGGAACUCUGAAGACACGUCGAAUGGCUUUUCAGCAACAAACGGUGCCAGUGGGGCCAAGAUCAAUGGGACAGCCAAAGCAAAGCAAGAUGGUUCCAUUCGUCGGCGGCAAAAAGUUGAAGCUGAUCAAGUGUCUAACACCACAGAUACCCAGGACGAUGUUUUUACAGACCCAAUUAAGAUGACCAAGAGUUUGUUGCCAAGGCCAAUUUCUAGUAUCCGACAAAACAUGGACACAAGCAACCCAGAGUCCAGCCUGAAGAGCAAUGGUUCAUUUCUGAGCGGAUUUAGAUCAGUGCGGAAGUCGCCUAGCACACCAAACUUUGCAGAUGCAGAGAAUGGGAUCUCUAUGUGGUCAAGCUCGGCAUGGACUUUCAACCAUGAGUCGUUCACGCGACCAUUGCUUGAUGGCCUUCCGAAACCCACAGCACCUAGGAGGACCAAAGCUGCUUUGGAUUGAGCUGCCUGUGGCUGUAGUAGGUUUGUCUGCGAUGAUCCAACUUGAAUUUGCCAAGAAGAAGCCGGUGGAAAAUGGAAGUUGUGGCUUGGCUUGUUUUCAGAGUUUUUAUUUUGACGGCAGUUGCACCCUUGACGCCAGCGCUGCAUUCUUCAUCUUACCUGUGGCAAAAUGUAGAGCUCAAUACUUUUCAGUGCCAUGGAAGCAAGCGGUGGUUCUGGCAUAGAAACUCAUAUAUAAUUGUAUCAAUAUACAUACAUGUAUUCUUUACUCUGUUAUGUAGAUGAUGUGCUGGUAUAUAAUUUAGUAUAGAGUUUUGAGAAAGAGAGCAGAGAGUUUACAGACAGAGGACCUAUAUACGGAGUAUAUCCCAUGCAUUCUAAUUGAGGCAUGCAGUUGUGUGAUGUCACAGCAAGUGCUACUCUAAUUUGAUAUCCCUUUCUGUCAGCGUUAAUGUUGUUACUUUGUUCCAUAUAUACUCCAUAAUUAAAAGCUUA